GAUGGCGGCCUUUCUGCGGACCGACCUCGAAGAGGGCAGCGGCGAGUGGCAAAACAUCCAAAGCAUCUUGCGUGCGACGUUCGUGGAGCUCCUCGAGUCGAGCCAGCGCCAAGCGCGCGCAUGAGUCACCUCGAGACGCAGCUCGAGCAAUACCGCCGGGAUGUGGAGGCAAAAGCAGACAAGUGCGUGACGCAGCGGGCGCUUCACAGCCUCACGGACGACGUGCAGGCGCUACAGCGCUCCGUGGCCAGUCACCGACCCUCGGCGACCGACGGCGAUCUUCCCGAGAAGCUGCGAUGGCUGCAAACCAAGCUGGCAACGCACGAAGACGCUUUGGCGGCGCUGCAGGCCACCGAGACAUCAUCCUCCAGUGCCCUCAAGACCGACCGCCGAAUACGGUUCCUCGAAGACGAGCUGCGGCUGAUUGUGCCAAUCAUCGAUGGCAAGGCCGACAUUGAGGCUGUCAACGCCCACUUGGCAACCAAAGCCAACAAGGACGCGGUCACACAGGCGCUCAAGAAGCGGUGCAAAAUAUCGAGCGUCGAGCGCGAGCUCGGCCGUCUUCAAGCUCAAAUCACCCCACUUUUACAGCAAGCCCAUCCACGAACCGACGCGACGGAUGCAAUGCAGCUUCUCAGCCAGCGCCAGCAGCAGCUCGAGACCCAGUGGACCCGCACGCAGUACUUUCUUCAGAAAUUCCAAACCGAGAUGAAGGACGCGAUUGGCCACGCGGACGCACGGCGGUCGAUGCCACCGUCGAGCUCGAACGAGGAUGGCGACCCUGCUGCUAAGACCGCACCUCGUUUGUCAAACGAUGAUACUUUGCUCGAGCUGCAGGCUCGGGUCGACGCACUCGCGUCUGCACAAACGACUGUCGAGGCGACAUGCGAGGGCCAUGGCACCAAACUGCAGGCGUUGACCGCUGUCGUGCACCAGUUUAUCGCCGACAUCCAAGCCCAAGUCGACAAGGUGUGCCACGACCAUUCCCUGUCGGAUCGGCUCGGCGGUGCCGAGGCCAAAGUCUCGGAGCUCGAAGCGUCGCUCGUCGAUGUCAUCCAGGCCAUGCACCAACUCUGCCACCAAAUCCAGCAGCCGCCAGCGUCCCGAUCGUCCUUGGAAGAAGAAACCGCGCAGCUCAUGGAGCUCGAGGCGCUCUUGGCGUGUAGCCUGGAGCGGAGCGACCAGCCGCUCGUCUUUGGUACCGGCGCCGAGCUGGCGCAGAUCCGAGAUCAGUUUUGCAGGACGUUGGCGAAUGGCACGCGACCGGCCGAGGCCGCCGUCCCGCCCUAAACCAAAAUGCAAAGGAUAAGUCAGUGGCGAG